CUUUUCAAAGCUUCAGCCAGAGGACAGAAGUAUCCCAGAAGGCACCACUGCAUAAACGAAGAAAUCACUGUGCGUCAAGGAAGAGACAGCGUGAUGAUUUCUGAACUUCAGAAGUCACGAUGCAGAUGACUUUACUGUUCAUCACAGUGUGGUUCACUCACUUCCUCAUCGCUUCAGCCUUCAAUUUCAACACUCUGCCAGCACACACCCCGAGUGGCUACACCGAAACCACACAAACAACUCCAAUAACAACAACAACAACAAACCAGCAACCCAAGACCCUAAUAAAAGCAACACCCUCUUCACCUCUGACCACAAUAACACAAGAAAACACAACAAAUCUGACCACAGAAGUGCACAUCCAGCCAAAUACAGCUCCUUCACAGGAAACAACAUCCCUGCAUCAAUACAACAGCACUCCGCCUCGAAAUGACAUGAUGGAUGAAGGUGUGAGCAUUAGCAGUGCUAGUGACAGUGCAAUAAGACACACAAAUACAAUAACAACGGUUUCCACUAAUUCUCCAAGACUGACCUCACAAGAGGAUGAAAAUAAUGAAACUUGGACAACAUCAAAGGUGGAUUACAAUAAUAACAGAUACACAGCAGAGCCAAACGUCACAUCCACGAUGGAAAUGACAUCACUACAUCAAUACAACAGCAAUCCAUUUCAAAAUGAUACAGAUGAUGAAGAUGUAAGCAUUAGCAAUGCUGGUGAUGUUCCUAUGAACUAUACAAUCAUAACACCAACAGUUUUCACUAACUUCACAAGACUGAAGUCCCAAUAUAAUGAAAAUGAAACACGGACAAUGUCAAACGUGAGUUACAAUGAUGAUGGAGACACAACUGAGUUAAAUACAACCCCAAACGUAACAUCCAUGAAUCAAUACAACAGCAGUCCGUCUCAAAAUCACUUGUUGGAUGAAGGUGUGAGCAUUAGCAAUGCUAGUGAUGUUGCUUUGAACUACACAAAUACAACACCAACAGUUUUUACGAACUCUCCAAGACUGACGUCACAAAAGGACGAAAAUAAUGAAACGUGGACAACGUCAAACGUGAGUUACACAGCUGAGCCAAAUACAACCCAAAACAUGACAUCCAUGCUGAAAAUGAGAUCCCUGCAUCAAUACAACAGCAGUUCGUCUCAAAAUGAUACGAAUGAUGAAGAUGUAAGCAUAAGUAAUGCUAGUGAUGUUGCUGUAAGCUACACAAAUACAACACCAACAGUUUUCACUAACUUUACAAGACUGACGCCACAAAGGGACGAAAAUAAUCAAACAGGCAUAAGUUACAAUCAUAUUCAGACUGUAGAUCCAUUCAGCAAUGUCUCCACCGAUCCCUGGAAGGAGAAAGGAGAUGAAACAACGAAAGCUGAUGAGGGAAAUUACGAAACAAACUCCACCCGGGCCACAUUUGUUAAUACGAGCGAGCAGUGGAGAGAAACACGAGGCACUGAGGGAAGUUACGGCUUUACAAGUGAACACAGAGAGGAAGAUUACAACACAACAGCGAAUACAACAGCAACAGAUUGGUCAACUUCACAAAACACAGACAUUCUCACGACCACGCCAGCUUUCACAAUAACACAAGAAACGGCGGUUACUGAUGAACCUGAAUAUCACACCUCUGCAGGUGGUGUAAAUCAUUCUACGAAACCGCAGGACUUGUUCACGUCCACAUAUAUAGAAAGUGAAAACAUGACAGGAACAGGCGCACCCAUUGGUUCCACCAACAAUAACAACAACAACUCUAUCAUAACCGAUGUCUUAACAGACAACAGCUCAUAUCCCACCACCAACAUAACAGACACAGAAAGCAAAGUGUGGCCUACAUGUUCGAACUCCUCUCGCCAAUCCACGAUGGUUUGCUUCAUCACAGUAUGGGCUUUAGCAAUGACCGCAGCCAUAUUUCUAGGAGUAACCAUCUUUCUUUGGGUGCGUCUAUCGAUUGUUAAAGAAAGAAUGAAGAUGAAGGAGAAGCGAGUUGAGGUGGGUGAGAAGCAGAGCCUUUGGGCCGACCCGAAAGCAUCUGUGCAAGAGAGAGUGGAGUUUUGGUACGUCAACGGAUCCACACUGGAGGCCGACAGAAAGGACAAGGACAGAAAGAGGCAGGAGAGGAUGAAGAGAAGGGGACAGGAACAGGUUAAUGAGGAGAACGAGCUGUGGAUGCAGCCUAGAGUGACUGUAGAUGACAUUACAGAGUUCUGGUACGCAAACAGACGCAUGAGAGAAGAGAGGAUGCGGGACAUGGGGUUAUAAACUUCCAAAAAAAAAAUCACCACGAGAAACAGUUUGGACAAUCUGAUUACGAUUAUUAUAGUAGUCAAUGAUUCUACGUGGACUUAUUUAGUGUAAAUAGUUUGUGUUUAGCUGUAAACUGCAAAAACUCUGUUACUGUCAUACAAACCCUGUUAUAGAAGAGUCAUAUUUCUGGGUUUUUAUUCACUUUCUGUUUGUUUCACUGUGUAAUGUUGCUGUUUAAACCUAAAAUCUGACCUGAAAAGUUACAAUGUCUACUCAAACAUCAGUCUUUCUGUAAAUCAGUAAACACUGAACUUCCUGAAACACCUUGAUUGUAGUCUUGAGGUUUCUCCAUGAAAUUAUCACAACAUAAUUUCCCCUAUUUUAAUAGUGUGUGCCUAUAUUGUAAAAAUUAUCCGUUAAUUAACAGGUUCCGUAUUUCAUGAUUUACAGUUUUUUCUGUUUAUUUAAAGUUGUGAAAUGUACUAUGAGAUGUUAAACUGUGUCGACAUUUUAUGAUGUAAAUUCAACUGAGCAUUUUAUCAAAGUGACUAUUGCUACACUGUAAAAAAAAAAUCCUGGUUGCCUUACAGCUUUAAGCUGAAUCAAAUGAACCUUAUAAGUCCUUUGAACUUAUGUUAA